AUGUCUUUUCACGAGCAGCAGAGCAAGCAGCCAUGCGAGCCUCCUCCGUGUCUUCAAAAGACCCAGGAGCCGUGCCAGGCAAAGGCCGAGGCGGUGUGCGCCCCGCCAUGCCAGGACCCCUGCCAAGAGAAGAGCACGGUGCAGGCUCAGGAGGUGUGUCUUCCUCAGGGCCAGGAGUUGAACCUAGAAAGCUGCCCACAG